AUGAAUAUAAGUAUGCGCUCCAGCCAAUCCUCCUACGGAGACCCGGGGUAUCCAUCGGCCAUGACUGCCCCCGAUGCUCCAGCUCCAGUGCCGCCGCACGGAAAGACACUUGUAGACGGGUAUCGAGAUGCUCUGGACCCCCAACAUGAGGAGCGGCCGCGAUACAAUCCACUCAACCCGGCUCACCCGCGAAGCUCGGCUCUCCUGAAUGCCAACGACCCCGUGGCCAUGUACCUGUUGACCGAGACCGCCAUAGGGGACAGCACAAAUUACGAAGUCCUAUCCUUUGAAGAGGUGGAAGAGCUGAAGAAGGAAGCCACAUUACUGUCCACUCGCAUCCAAGGGACGAAGCGGAAACUGGCACUCGAAACGAAACUGCGUGACGCGGCACAGUCUCUCGGUAGGCUUUACAGCCCGCCCAGCCCACGGAGCAGCGGCGAAUACGGUACCAAUGGCGGUUCGAACCCGCGUCGGAUAAGCCGGGGCAUAUUUGGUCGCAGUGGGGCUUCUGAGGCUCUCGACAAGAGCGACUCCGAACUUGCAGUCAGCCAGCGGCGAUGUGAAGAGUUGGCGCAGGAACUCUGGAAGCUGGAGAAGAGGUCUCAGAAGAUCAACCAGCGCUUACUGGAGCACACUGCGGGUGUCCUGCAGAUGACACACAAGGGGCUGAAGAAGGGCACUAAGAACCCUGCUCCGAGCGAGUUGGAUAGCAUGUAUGAUGAGCACAAAUUCGACGAUCGCAGCCUCUACCGGACAACCGAGAAUUUGGAUAACUUUGGCGUGCACGGGAAAACCGAGACCAACGCGGCUGCUGUAAUGAACACCGAGGCUAUGCAGGUUACCGAACGACGAUUGCAGGAACUUAGCGAGCGCAUGCAUGACAUGAUCAUACAGUCCAACCCCGGUGAAUUUAUUGAUCCUCCCCCGCAACUAUCAGCAGGCGGAGGGCCCGUCAAUCCCACCACAACAGUAGAAGCUCACCUGGCCUACAUUAAGAAUGGUAUGAAUAAUAUCGUCUUGCAUACGGGGGACGUUCCUGCUCCCGAGGCUGCUCGGGAUGUCGCACCUGAAGCCGAGGGCGCCUGGAAACAUCAACUCACCAAAAUCAAUAACCAAGUGCAAACCAUUGUUGAUCGGUUUGGUUUGACCCGCUCGCCAACCUUGCCUCCGCCCCCUGAUGCGUCUCACGGCGAGGGGCUGGAAGAACAACUUUCAUACCUCCAGACUGGUUUAGAUGGCCUGGAGAGUCGAGUGGAUGGAGUACUUGAACAGAAGAGUAUUCUCACCACGCAAAUCCAGCAGCAACGCGAGCUCAACUCCAAGUCGGAUGCCGAACGAGAUGCUCAUAUCGGCGAUCUCACCGAACAGUUGACCCACGUUCGCAGAGAACUUGAAGUAUCUGAGCGUGAAGGUAACGCCAGUCGCGACGAGCUGGCACUUGUCAUGGGACAGCUUAACACAAUGCGCCACAACGGCUCUUCUCAGGAAGAAGCCAAAGCGGCUCUGCUUCAGACUGAGGGCGAAGUCACGCGCUUGCAAAGCAUUGUUACCUCGUUGCACAGCGAAGCUGACACCAGGAUUAACGAAGUCAGCGAAGCCCGGGAUGCUCAAGAUCAAGCGGAAGCCGAGGUUAAGCGCCUGCAACACUACAUCGACGAUAUACAGAGAGAAAACGACACCAGAGCUGAGGAAGUCAGCGAUGCACGCGACCGUGCAGAAGGUGAGAUCAAGCGCCUACAGGUCGUCAUUACAUCAUUGCAAAAUGACACCGACGCUAAGAGCGAAGAGGCCAGAGAGGCCCGCGACCAUGCGGAAGAUGAAGUGAAGCGCUUACAGGUCAUCAUUGCAUCGUUGCAGAACGAUACUGACGCUAAAAGCGAAGAGGCCAGAGAGGCCAGAGAGGCCCACAACCAUACGGAAGAUGAAGUGAAACGGCUACAGUUGGUCAUUGCAUCGUUGCAGAACGAUAUCAACGCGAAGAGCGAAGAGACUCGUAGCCAUGCGGAAGAGGAAGUGAAGCGCCUACAGGUGGUCAUUACAUCUUUGCAAAAUGAUACCGACGCUAAGAUCGAAGACGCGAUGGAAGCCCGCGACCACGCGGAAGACGAAGUCAAGCGUUUACAGGUCGCCAUUGCAUCGUUGCAGAAUGAUACCAACUCUAAAAUCGAAGAGGCGAUGGAAGCCCGUGACCACGCGGAAGACGAAGUCAAACGCCUACAGGUCGCCAUUGAAUCUUUGCAGAACGACACAGCUGUCAAGAUCAAAGAGGCCAUGGAGGCCCGUGAUCGUGCGGAAGAUGAAGUCAAGCGGCUACAUAUCGUCAUUGAGACUUUGCAAAACGACACCGAUUCUAGAGGCGAGGAUAUCAAGGAAGCCCGGGACCGCGCGGAGAACGAAGUCCAACGCCUACAGGACGUCAUCAAAACACUGCAGAACGAUAGCGAUUCCAGAUCAGAGGAGGUUAUGGAUGCUCGUGACCGCGCAGAGCAAGAGGUGGCUCAACUCGAAGCCGCAAUCCAACAGAUCCGGAUUCAAUCUGAUGCCCGCAUUAAGGAAGCGGAUGAUGAGCGUGUGCAGUCCAGCCACGACGCCACUCGCCUGCAGAAUGAGAUUAUCGAGCUCGAAGGCGAGAUUGUGCGGGUCACAACUGAACUAACAAUGGCCAAGGCAGAGCUGGACGGUGCCUAUGGUACCCGAGCAGAACGCGCGGCAGAGGUCUCUUCCAACCCUAGUAUCCAAAGGGAGAACGAUGCGCUGGUUACCCGAAACAUCGAGCUCACUGAAGAACUUGCCGCUUUUAAAAGCCAGCGAGGAGGUGGUGAUCUUCAACAGCGGGCGGAUACUCUUGAAAGAGAACUUCGUGAGACCAUCGAUGACUACGAAGCCAUGACGAAAGCCAGCAUUGAGUUUGAGAAGGAACGCGAACGCUUCGAAAGUUUUAUUGACAGUCUCCGGGAUCGUUGCGAGCAACUAGAGACCCAACUGGCAGAAGAACGUAUCAGCUGGAUGAACCUUAGUAGUCCUACAUCUGUGGGCCGCGAUGGCACUUCCGAGACGACAUCUACCAUGGUGCUUAAGAAUGAGUUUAAGAAGAUGAUGCGUGACACGCGCAACGAGAACAUGAAGAUACUGAGGGCCGAACAAGAAGAGCGUCGCAGAGUUGAAGGAUUACUACGAGCCCUAAGAAAGGAGCACGCCCAGGUGACUGGGAGGCCAAUGCCCAGCCCAGGUAGCACUCCAUUAUGA